AUGCCGUUCAUCACGCGCGAGGAAACUGUAUCUUUGGAGACACUUGCUCUAAAAAUAGGAGCAUCGGCUUUGGAAAUUAGGGAGAUUCUAAAUUCUCAAAAGGCUGCAUACCCAACUCUUAAUGAGAAAGGAUAUCUGGCAUUUUCUACUGCAGAAUAUGAAAACCAUGAAUUGCGGAAAUUGAGAAAUACCAUCAUUAAUCAUGCUCACGAUCUGAUCAGAUUAGCAUCGGGUCCAACUGAUCAUAUUCUGGGGUUGGCGUUCUCGGCUGUAGACCCCUCCAAUUUAGGAAUAAUUGUCCGUUUUGGCAUUCCCCAAGCCUUACCUCUGGGGUCAAAGAUGUCGGCUGAGGAUCUAGCCAAAGCGGUCAAUCUGCCGACCGACGUACUUACACGAGUUGUACGUCUGGGGGUUUGCAAUGGAAUUUUCCAGGAACUAGAAACUGGUUGGUUUGGUCACAGUGCAAGCUCGGCCUUGCUAGCAAAAAGCGAGCAUUUGAGAAAUAUUGCCGUUUUUGGCACUCAUGAGUUAUCUAGCGCAUUGAUAAAGCUACCGGACGCUUUGAAACAACAACAGGAGCUAGGUGCCAAAGGGCCUCAUGCCGCUUUCAAUUUAGCCUAUCCUGACUACAAGGAUGCUUUUGACUACUUCAACAACAAUGGAGAAGGAAAUAGUCGCUACCACACCUACCUUGAGGGAAGGGUAAAUACAUCUCGUUGGGCUGUAAACCACCUCAAGUCCUCUUGGCGUUGGAGCACCAUUGGGUCAAGCACGGUUAUAGAUUGUGGAGGCUCCAUCGGACAUACAUGUAUGGCUGUGGCCCCUCUCUGUCCCAAGGCUACCUUCAUCGUGCAAGACUUUUCGGAGGAGCCGAUGGCAGUUGGACAGGAACUCAUUCGAAUGAGCUAUCCAGAGCUCCAAAAUCAGAUCAAGUUUAUGAAGCACGAUUUUUUCAGUCCACAAACUGUUACUGCUGAUAUUUAUAUUUUUCGGCAUAUUCUUCAUGACUGGAGCGACGAAGAUUGCCUGCGCAUCCUCCGAGCGUUAGAAGGCGCAUUGAAGCCUGGUGCAAAGGUUCUGGUCAGUGAAGGAGUGGUACCCGAGUCUGCUGCUCGUGCAACGGGUGUUCUGGAUGAAAAACAGAUUCGAAUUGAAGAUGCAUUCAUGCUGUCCGUUCACAUGGCUAAAGAACGCACUGUGUCGGAUUUUGUGGCUUUGUUUCGCCAAGCUAGUCCCAAAUUUCGAUUCUGUGGUGUAACUGGUGGUUCAGACGGUGCCUUUCAAAGUUUGCUGGAGUUCGCGUACACGGAUAUCUAG